GAAAUAACAGUGUAAUGAUAGUGUAACAGACACUUCGUAUGCGCACACUAAAUUUUUGGAGAAAGUAGAGAAGGUAUUUGAAUAUGCAUAGCAUAUAUAUACGUGGGAGCUAAUUGUGUACCAGGUGGAAACACACAUUGACAGAUUGAUUGAUUAAAUGAAAUAGUAUUUUUAUACGAAUUGUGUGUGUGUGUCUGUGUAUCAGGUGAAGCGAAGCCAAGUUACUGAAGCUAAAUGUGAUUUAGAGAGCUCGGUCAUACCAAAACCUGAGAUGAGUGAUCAGAAUCUCUCUAUAUAUAUACAUAAAACUGUGUUUAUCAAGCUUUAAAAACAGUUGGUUUUACUGAAUUAUUUGAGAAGAACUAACCAAGUAGGAUGGGUGAACGAAAAGCUGUUAUUAAAAAUGCUGACAUGAAUCCUGAUAUGCAGGAUGAUGCCGUGCAUGUAGCCGCUAGUGCAUUAGAUAAAUUCGAUGUGGAAAAAGAUGUAGCCGCUUAUAUUAAGAAAGAAUUUGAUCGUAAAUAUAAUCCUACAUGGCAUUGUAUAGUUGGAAGGCAUUUCGGAAGGUAUGUCUACUAUAACAUAUAUAUAUGUUUUGUAUUAUUCUUUAUAAAUGUUUAUAAGCUUUAUACAGAAUAUUUAAUUUCAUUCCACUUCUCUGCAUUAGGUGAUACAUAUAUUAACUAAUAUUAAGUCAAUUCUCUACAACAAUACAUUUUUCAAUUUUUAACCCUGACAGAUAAUUACGUAACUCAUGAAACUCAAAAUUUCAUCUACUUCUACCUCGAGGAUCGUGCAGUACUAUUGUUUAAAUCUGGUUAGAUUGUGAUCCGUCAAUGAGAUCCAGUGAUAAGAAGAGUGAAUCAACAGACAAGAAAAAAAAAGAAAAUUGAGACCAAUAUAUGAUUAAAAUAUUGCAGAAAACCCAACCAAAAAAAAUAUGUGCCACUUAUAUAAUACUUGUAUUUAUUUAUCAUUACAAUCUUGACUUAUGCUUAUAUUAGUUAAAUAAAAUAUUUUUCUCCAACAUAGUCUCUUCUUUGUUUUAAUUUUUUUCAAUGUCUACGGAGAUGUUGUCGUUAGUGUAGAGUGAACUGCUUACAUGUUGUCAAACUAUGCUUUCAUGAAGAACAUAGCGAAAUUGUAGGCCAGUGUAAUGUGAAUCUAGAUUUCAAAUUUAACCAAUGUCAAAAUUUAAGGAAACAAUGUUGUAACUGUUGAUUUUGAAAGCGUAAGCAGUAUGCGUAUUAGAGUAAAACUGAACUGUUUCAUUGACUCAAAU